AUGAUAGUGGAGGUGGAGAAGGCCACGUUACCCCAACUUCAUUAUGAAUACCUGCGUCUCUCUGAUCCCAGUAACACCGUCUGCAGCCUCCAAACCCACUCCAACAGCACUCACGUGGUUGCCGUAGUGCCCCUCAAUGCCUGUGGCACCCAGAUCGAGGAAGAUGCUGAUGAUCUACUUUUCAAGAAUGAAAUCACCAUAGUGGACAAUACUUCUGACCUCAUCACCAGAAAACACCAGUUGGAAAUGAAGUUCUUCUGCCAGUACCCCAAAAGAGGAAACGUGACAUUCACCUUCAGCGCUCACAGAGAGAAUGUGACCGUGUGGGACAAGGGUCUAGGAAGGUUCACCUACGGGUUUGAGUUCUUCCCAGAUCAGAGGUUUGUCUCCAGGAUAGACCCCCGGCUCUACCCACUCGAGUAUGACGUGGGCGAUCGCAUCUUCAUGGAGAUCGAAGCCACAACUACAGUCAACAACACACAGCUGUUUGUGGAGUCCUGCAGAGCUGCGCCCUACGACAACACCAACUACCCCCACCCCUACACCCUCAUUGAGAAUGGUUGUAACUUGGACACUACACUUAUUGUCUAUCCAACCAGUAACAAAAAGGAGUUCAGAUUCAGCAUUGAAGCCUUCAAGUUCAUUGGCUUGCAUGACAAGGUCUACAUCAGCUGCUCAGUGUUGAUGUGUGAAGCUGGAAACCCACACACUCGCUGCUCUCGGGGAUGUCAGCCCAAUGGAGCAGCAAGAGCCAGGAGAGAGGCAGUCAUUGAGUCGGGAAUCCACUAUGUGUCCCAGGGCCCACUGCGUCUGAGGAGAUCUGUGGAAGCAGGAAACACAGGCCUGAACUUGAACCUGGUCUUCAUCGCUGGCUGUGCUUUAGCCGCUGUGGGAAUGAUCUGUGGAGUCCUUCUUUACAAAACCAAAAACUCAAGCUUUAAAUACCAACUUCUUUCUUUUGAGGAAAAUUAA